CAGCAGUUGUUUCCCCCAAAACCCCCAACCAAUGAACCAGCCCUACUCCCAGCUGAAGAAGGAAGGUCUUUUUUUGAAAUCUCCAUUAGACCAAGCUCAUUGGCUGGAAAAGGCUCACGCAUGCACACAGAAACACAAACCAGCCAGCAACAGAUAGCUCCGUGAAGCCAUCCAGUGAAGACCAGUGAGAGGUUAGCUACUGAUACAAAGGAAGGACUUCACUUUGACUGUGGGAGGUAGCUAACAAGAAAAAUGUCGGACAAAAUGAUUGAUUUGGAAGAGACCGCAACCCACACAGGUCCGAAAGGAGUCAUAAAUGACUGGAGGAGGUUUAAGUUGGAAAGUAUGGACCAGGAAAACUUGCCACCUGCAAAAAGAGAACUGCUGAGACAAAUGUCAUCCCCGAGCAGGCCAAAAGAUGACUCCAGAGCAAACCUUAACCGCAAGAUGAGUGUUCAGGAGUACGAGCUGCUCAAGGAGGAGGACGAGGGAUGUCUAAAGAAAUACAGAAAGCGGUGCAUGCAGGAGAUGCAUGAUAAACUCAGCUUUGGGCCCAAGUUUGAAGGUGUACAUGACCUGGACAGUGGAGAGGCCUUCCUGGAAGUCAUCGAGAAGGAGCAUUACAGCACAGUGGUGGUUGUCCACAUCUACAAGGUUGGGGUCAAAGGUUGUGAGGAGCUCAACAACUGCCUUGACUGCCUGGCCACUGAGUACCCCACUGUAAAGUUCUGCAGGAUUGAUGCCGUCGCAUCCGGUGCUGCCGAGCGGUUCUCGGAUGAGGUUUUGCCAACGCUGCUGGUGUACAAGGCCGGAGAACUACUUGGAAACUUCCUGGCGUGCACGCAGCACCUAACCGAGGAGUUCUUUGCCACUGAUGUGGAGGCCUUCCUCAACAGCUAUGGCCUGCUGCCAGAGAGAGAGCUGCCUGGUGAGGAGGAUGAGGAGGAGAACGAUGUUGAGUAAACAAAGAUUCUGGCUAAUGAGGAAGAAAGGAAGCUGUAUUCGAGGACAGAGAGCGAUGAAAGACGAUUUAUGAUACAAGACAAGUUAUUGGGCUAUGGCAAGUAGAAAUAUCAUGAAAUCUCUGCUAGCUCAGUAGUUUUUGAGGACUGUUCUCUAAAGAAGGAAAUUUAUGUCCAGUUGGUGAGGAAACCUUGAUGCCCCAGAUAUGCUCUCAAAAAUGUGUGUUACAGCAAGGUGAGGAGUGACAGCGUUUAUUUGUUUAUAAAAAAAAUUAGCACAAAUCCUCUUACAACCACCUAAACAAACGCCAAAACCAACUGUUGUUUAAAGUUUUAUUUUGUAAAGAUAGACAAUAUUACAUGCUGUAAGUAUUUGUAAAAAAUGUAUUAAUUCAAAGUCUUUUUUGUAGCAUUUGCUUGGAUGAUCUGUACACAUGUUAUUUAU